AUUUGACAGAUUCGCCCACCCCUAGGUGACUGUAAUGAUGCGUUUUCUAAUCCUGCAUAACUAAAUUUGUAUUUUCUUUAGGUGUGUUAACCUUCAAGAAGGUAGGAUGUGGAUGAAAGAAACUGCAGCAGCAAACUACUUCAUUAUCUAUUUUUCACUUGCAGGCGGAGGGGCUAUAACAAGUGAGGAGUUGACAGACACAAUGAAGACCAAAUUGUGAUGAAGGAAGUAUGUGGGAAGAAAUGAGCAUGGCUGUUUGUGGCAGCCAGUUGAUGGGGAGCAAGAUUCAUUGGGAAAGCACUCCUGUCUUGUGAUGGCGAAAUGGAAAAAUCCACCCUGCGUUUAAGAAUGUGUGGCAGAAGAUUCACCAAAGCCUUGCAGAACUAGAAAAUAAAUAAAUGCUGAGUCCACUUCAUGGAGAAUAAAGGUUUCUGGAGAAGCUCUCCACCAUUUGCUGUCUGAAGGUCCAUGUUUAGGUAGCCAGCUGAAUAUUAAAAGCAUGUAUAUGUUGAAGCUUCACUUUCCCAAAUUUAAAACAAAAUAAGAAGGAUUAUAUUUAAGAACUCUUGGAGCCCAUUAGUUUAUCAGCAUAUUGCAACAAAAACUGUUGCAAUAUGAUUGGCAACUUUUCGCCUCUCCCCUGCUUGCUUACCCAGACCGAAGAGAGUCAAUAUUGAAAGUUUGCAAGCUUGUUUCCAAAACUAUUCCUGGAUCCACUUUAUGUACGGUACUUGUGUCUAUUUUUCUGUUUAAUCUCUGAACAUUUGACUUGAAAACCUUCUCCUGUACGAUUAUGGGCUCCAAGCGUGGAAAUGCACAGAUUCUCAUUUGUGGUAACAAUGCACUGUUUUCUAUUAAACCGCAUUGGUGACCUGGAGGCUGGGCUCCUCUGCUGCCGUUUCAUUGCAGAGACAAAGGCGGAUCUGACCCCACCAUGGCAGAGAAGGGCAAUUACAUCGCGAGCGUGUACGGUUAUGACUUGGGCUGCCGUUUCAUCAACUUCAGGCCGCUAGGCUUCGGAGUGAAUGGGCUUGUCCUCUCAGCAGUCGACAGCAAGAGCUGCCGCAAGGUGGCCGUGAAGAAGAUCGCGGUGAGCGAUGCUCAGAGCAUGAAGCACGCCUUCCGGGAGAUCAAGAUAAUCCGCCGGCUGGACCAUGACAACAUCGUAAAGGUCUACGAGGUGUUGGGGCCCAAAGGAGCUGAUCUCCAAGGGGAUCUGUUCAAAUUUAACAUGGUGUACGUCAUCCAGGAAUAUAUGGAGACGGACCUGGCCCGUCUUCUGGAGCAAGGGCCUCUCUCUGAGGAACAUGCCAAACUUUUCAUGUACCAGUUGCUCAGAGGCCUGAAGUACAUCCAUUCAGCUAAUGUUUUGCAUAGGGACUUGAAGCCUGCCAACAUCUUCAUCAACACAGAGGAUCUGGUGUUGAAGAUCGGUGACUUUGGAUUAGCUAGGGUUGUGGACCAGCAUUACUCACACAAGGGUUACCUCUCAGAAGGGCUGGUGACAAAAUGGUAUCGAUCCCCUCGCCUUCUGCUUUCACCAAACAACUACACCAAAGCAAUUGACAUGUGGGCAGCUGGUUGCAUUCUAGCAGAGAUGCUGACGGGAAAGAUGCUUUUUGCUGGAAGCCACGAGCUGGAGCAGAUGCAGCUCAUUUUGGAGACCAUCCCUGUUUUCCACGAAGAGGACAAAGAGGAACUGCUCAAAGUGAUGCCGACAUUCGUCAACAGCACCUGGGAAGUGAAGAAGCCGUUGCGGAAGCUCCUCCCUGAAGUGAACAGCAAAGCCAUUGAUUUUCUGGAGAAGAUUCUGACAUUCAAUCCCAUGGACCGGCUGACCGCAGAGGUGGCUUUGCAACACCCUUAUAUGAGUCCUUAUUACUGCCCCGAAGACGAGCCCAUUUCUCAGCACCCAUUCCGGAUUGAAGACGAGAUUGAUGACAUUUUGCUGAUGGAAGCGAACCAAAGCCAGAUGUCCAACUGGGACAGGUACCAAGUGAGUUUAUCCUCGGAUUUGGAAUGGCGACAAGAGAAGUGCCACGAUUUGGACGAGGUGCAACGAGAUCCCAGAGCGGGAUCGGAAUCCAUUGCUGAGGAGGCUCAAGUGGACCCGCGCAAAUAUUCCCAGAGCAGCUCCGAGAGAUUCCUGGAGCAGUCGCAUUCCUCGAUGGACCGAGCAUUUGAGGGAGAUUACGGGCGGUCGUGUGAUUACAAAGUGGGGUCGCCUUCCUAUUUGGACAAGCUGUUGUGGAGGGACAACAAGCUCCAUCAUUAUUCAGAGCCCAAGCUCAUCUUAGACUUGUCCCACUGGAAAAGGGCAUCUAUUGCACCCGCGGCGGAGAUCGCCUUGGAGGAGGAACCAUCCAACCUAUUCCUAGAGAUAGCGCAGUGGGUUACAAGUACCCAGACAGGACUUGAAUGCCCAAAUCCUCUCCCAGAGAUCCAGGAGAGGAGCUUACCACCUUCUCCUCACCAUCUGCACAAAGAACCCAAGGAGGUUGGCAGCGAAAGCGACCCCCAGUUUGACUUGGACGUCUUCAUUUCCAGGGCAUUAAAACUUUGCACAAAGCCAGAAGAUCUGCCUGACAACAAGCUCAAAGACAUCAACGGCGCAUGCCUAGCAGAACACCCUAGUGAGAUUGUACAGACGGAGGUGUACCAUAAAGAGAGGUGGUAAAAUAAUAAUAAUAAUAGUAAUAAUAAUAAUAAUAAUUAAACGUUGCUGCUGGUAUUCGUGGCUGAUUCCUUACAAAUUCUUCCAGUCUUCGUGCUAAUUACCCAAUGCUGAACAGUAACCAAGGUUUGAUCGCACAUGCCCAAUGUUACUGAAAUGCCUUUUUGGUUAAGGGCAGGUACAAAACCAGGUCCCCUUCUGAUGCCUUGAAAGGAAAAGGAAUCCAGAGGUGUGAAUGAAAUUUUAGGGGUUUUACGCUGCCUUAACAAUCUUGCCUUGUACCUCCAGGGGUGUGUUUUGGACAUGAGUCCCCCAUUGCGGAGGUGUUCUGGAUGUUAAACUCUUGAUCUUACAGAGAGAGGCUGGAUUGGCAUUAUUUUGAGAGUCAUAGGACUUGAAGCCCCUGCUCCUUUGAUAACCAGGCAGCCCGGUUUUUAGUGACCUCAUGCUUUGCAUUGGUAUGACACACUUUCUGAGAGCCCAGAGCAUUUAAGGGAAGGGCUGUAGCUCAGUGGUAGGACAACCUGCUAUGCAUGCAGAAGGUCCCAGGUUCAAUCUCCGGCACCACCAGGUAGGACUAGGAAUGUCCCCCUUUAGAUAAUACUGAGCUAGAUUGACUUGGCAGCUUCCAAGGUUCCUCUGUUCCGCAAGGUUCCUCUCGUUCUAGCUUGGCCAGGUAGGCUGGUAGUACUCUCCUGAUAUUACAGCUAGAGCCCGAGGUUGAGAGAAUUUGCUUCCUAGUUAAUGAAGCAAAUUCUCUCAACCUCGGGCUCUAGCUCUACAAGCCAGAGAUUCCCCAUUCCGACUCUCAGCUCAGUCAUCAACUGAACCUUUAAUGAAUCUCUGGCUUGUAGUUCAUGCUUGCAACCACCGCACUAGCAUACCCUCUUUGUCACAAUUAAUGAGGGGAAAGGUAGGGCUUCUCCUGAGACAAAUUUUACCGUCAUUCUUUGGAAACAAGAUGGUCGUACAGCUAAAUCAGUUUGAACAUCUCAACCUUAAGAACUUUAGGGCACAACGUUUAUUUGCUUAUGCAUUACUCUUUGUCAGAUCAGGGCGAAGGUGUCAAGAUGCUUGGCAGGCCUCUAACCUCCCCUUGCCCUUCCCUUAAGUCCCCUGUUCUUCCCAGCUCUCUGUGUGUUUGCUUUUUGCAGGGCCUGCGUGCCUCAUUUGUUUUUUUGUGUGUGUGUUUAUUUGUUUUGUGAGAUGUGUCUGUGUUCUGCCUGGGCUUUUUGUGUGUGCGCAUGCAGGGGGUUGAGCAUUGACAGUUUGGAUUCUGGGUCUUUUAUAGUGCCCAUGACACUUUCUUAAAUUUCCAAAUGUGCCCCUGGACCUCAAAAAGUUGAGGAACCCCCACCUAGGCUAUCAAUUUCCAGACUGUCAGUAUGCAUGUUUCAGAAGCAAGCUGUGCAGGCUGAAUACAGCAGUAAGAGAAAGCGACUAGGUGCUUAGGAGGACAUCGCUGCACACAGUGGCGUGCUGCCAUUCAGGCCUUUAUGGCAUCCCUGAACCAAGUCUACCAGGAUUGCCCUAGUGUUUCUUAGGAGGCAUGCCAGCAGAGCCUGGCUGUUGGGAACCCCAGUUCAAGAUCCCCUCCCCAAGCGCCUUGCAAGCAGAGUGAAUUUAUUAUGCCAUUGCCUUAAAGCCCACCAGGAAGAAUUAAUGCCAAAGUCAUAUUUCAAAAGCGAAGCAAGGAAAAGACUAGAAAUUCUGAAAGCUGAAUUCGAAUUCUGAGGUGCCGUCAAAUGUUGGAACUUCUGUGAAAUUGAGUUUUGCAUUUGCUUGUGGAGACUUUUUAACCAGUCCUAGGAAUAAAUUCAGACAGGACUCAAAUUUUGGUUUGUUUUUUGGCAGAAUUUAGGCCACAACCUUUAUUGAUUACAAAUCAAGUGAGUGGUUGUAUAUAGGCUCUGGUUCAACUCACUACCUGCAGCCCUGCAGGCAGCGCUGACUCUGGGCACCAACCAUAAGUCAGCCUUGGGUAAACACCUGGGACAGGGCACAACCCUGCACGGGGAAGACCAACCAUGAGUCUGUGGAUUCCUUCUUAAAGGAAUACCCAACACAUAGGGAUGGUUAGGCAUCCUGCCACCUCAAUCCACCUGAACCAGAGCCUAUCCACAACCUUACAAGCUGUGACGAUUUGCUACACGACAGGCAAAACCCAAAUGGCACCAGCCAAUACGCCAAGAGGGGGAAAUUCCCGCUGUGCCCCUGUCCCAACGACAGGCGACAUACGAUGGCAUAGUAAGGUGCCCUAAAUAUAGGGAGAGGUAGGCCGAUGUUCCGAUGCACUGAAGCCCGAAAGAGGAAGCUCAGGGCCAUGUAGUGGUCCCUCGAUCGCUCUGACUGGCAUCCCGUUAGCCCAAUUGCACCCAAGAUCGAGGGACCACCAAUAGGGUGUUGUGGCCGCUCCAAUGUUCCCACCCACAACACAGGCCUGAUUGCCAGGUCCCAUCGCAACAUGUACCCUCUGUUUAGGGAGGACCCGAUAUACCGUUAAACCAGGUGCUCAAAAUAAAUAGUGAAGCUGAGGGCUUAAAUGUUGAGUGGUGGUCUUUUGUGCACAGGCUCUCCCGCAGAAAAUCAAACAAACCCCAAACAAAACCUCACCCUGAAAAGAAUGGUAACAAAUCUGGGGGGGCUGGGUAUUCAAUUAAAUAAUUGCUCAAGCAGAAUUCCGUGCACUUGUGCAAUGGGACUCCCACACCUGAACUCUUCUCCUAAAUAUGUUCUGGGUUUUGCCCUAACCCCCUGGAGCAGAUCUGGGGAUGUGUAGGGUGCAGGCGGGGGGGGGGGAGAGGGAAGACCCAUUACACAAAUGGAAGUUGUUGAGGCCAAGGGUUGUAGGCCUUACAUCUUGAAAAUAAUGGUACUCACAAAAGUUUCCUGGGAUUAGCCAAGACUGAACUUCAGCUCUUCUGCCACAGCUGUUUUUGCACUGAAGUGUCCUUGGAAGGAAAAAGGAGUCAAGUGAAAACUCAAAGAAGCUUUGGAAAUAAAUAAAAAUGACACACUAUGGAUCUGCUGUAGGCUCUAUUUUCAUUCACAUUUCUGAGCACCUUAUUAAUGAAUGGGUUGAGUUUGAUUUGUAUAUUGAAGAAAUGUUAUGAACUUCUAUGUAAUCUGCCUGAUCAAUUUUUAUUUAAAAAAAAGGAAAUACUGAAAAUGUGUAAUUAGCAUGCGCUUUUCUAAAAAAUUAUAAGAAUUACCUUCUUUGCACCAUUUUGUUCACUGGAUUAUGUAAAUUUAUUCUGGAAAAUUCAUCCUGCUUAUUAUUUAACACUUGGAAAGCUGGUAUAUUACUUCUGCUGAGAUAGUUAUUUUUAUUAGUGGCAUUCAGAAUGUGUGCAAGCUUCUGAGUUCCACAGAGAUCUUUUAAAAUGUGCAUUGCAUUUUUCAGCUGACAGAUCUCAAUAAAAGGCGCCUUCUCUCUUGCUUGCUCUGUGGUUUUACCCUCCCACUUACCGUGGGGCCAACGCUUCUACCAAGAGUUUGCAUCCUAAAAAGCUAAUUCUGCCAUUUAGUAGCCAAGUUAGUAAACAAUUGCCUACAUGUUGUGGGGGGAGGGGAGAGAUGGAAGAUCAUUCCAUCUGGCUAAUGAUUGUUUGUAUUAACAUAAGGCUGACGUUUCUGGCAAUGAUGGGCUUGGAAUUUGGCUGCAAGCUUAAC